AUGCUACCGCAAUCAAGCACAGUGCCACCCAAAGUCGACGUCUUCAUCUCAGGCGCCGGGCCCGUGGGGCUACUGCUGGCCUACCACCUGACCAAACUCCACCACUCCGUCUACAUCGUCGACUCGGCCGACAAAGCCUCACCAGACUUUCCCAUGUACGGCCGCGCCUCCACGCUCUUCGCACGAAGCCUCGAAAUGCUCGACCAGCUCGACCUGUACGACGCCCUCGCGCAGGAGGGGCUUCACUCCUGCCAGACCUUCACGUACAGGAACGGCGAGAGGGUGCACGGACGAGGCUGGAAGAUCUUUGAGAAUCCUGGGAGUUCGGGGACAUUUUUUGAGGAGACCAUGAACUUGAGGUUGAAGUUUAGCGAGGAUAUUAUUCGUGGGAAGCUCGAGGAGUUGGGUGGGGAGGUGCAUGCGCCUUGGAAGGUGGUUGGACUUGAGGUCGACGAAGAUGCUGAAGACGAUUAUAAAUGUCGUGUGGAGUGCGUCGAUCCUGAAGGCAAGACGCGAGAGCGCCGUGAGGAAGCUGGCUGGCAUUCCAUUCCCUGGACAGCGAAAGACCGUCAUUGGGUGCGGAUGGACGGCGUGGUAAAGACAAACAUCCCUGAGGCGAGGAAUGGUUUCGGUUCGGUUGAAUCUCCCAGUCACGGACAAGUGCUUUGGCUGGCUCUUGAUCACGGAGCGACACGAAUUGGAUACGCGCUGAAUGACAAGCUUUUCGAAAAGUACGGUCGUAGUAUGACGCCAGAGCAGGCUGUGUAUGACGCCAAAGCUGCAGUUGCGCCCUUCGAGCUUGAGUUCGAGAGGGUAGACUGGCAUACAGUUUAUGGCAUCCAGCAGUGCGUGGCAGAGCGACUCGUGGACAGAGAGCGAAUCAUUCUGGCAGGCGAUGCCGCACACGCGCACUCGUCCGGACUUGCGCACGGAAUGAACACUGGCGUGCACGAUGUAGUGAAUCUUGGUUGGAGGUUGGCUGGAGUUAUCAAGGGGUGGUUUGGACAACCGAUUCUGCAGAACUACUCGGACGAGCGUCGAGGAGUUGCACAUCAACUGAUUGAAAACGACAAGAUCGCUAGCAGCCUGAUCGGCGGAGAGAGGCCAGAGCAAUUCAAGGGCAGACCAGAAGACGACAUGGCCUUGCUAGGUGAUUUCUUGGAGCAAACUUCUGGCUUCGCGCUGGGAGUGGGAAUCUUCUAUCCGAAGAACUUGCUAAACGAUGUUGACAAUGCACUGGGGUCAGUCCCGAUCCAGCCCGGCCACAGAGCAGCAGAUACAUUGCUCCACAAACCUGGACUGCGAAGACUGACCGUCCGACUUCAUGAACUGAUGAAGUACAAUGGCAAAUAUCGAAUACUUGUCUUCACAGGCAAGCCGCAUCUCUCUCAAUCGCUUCUGCAAACGCUUCGAUUGCAAGUUGACAAACAUCAACAGCGAUUCGCGCAUGCGGUGGAUUAUAUGACGAUCAUCGACGGCCAUGGCAAGAACCUCGACGAAUAUCUCGGAGUUCGCAGGUUCGGCAGCGGUUUCUGGGAUGGAGACAGCACUGCGCAUAUGAAGUUUGGUGCGGCCGAAAAUCUUGGCUGCAUAGUUGUAGUGAGGCCAGAUGGCAUUGUUGGUGCUUCUGCCGCACUCGAUGGCUUCGAGGACAAGAUUGUGCCGUACUUUGGCCGCAUCCUCCUUGGCGUAGCUGCUCAGAAAGGGGCGCUCACGAAUGGCUUGGCGAGUGUCGGUCAACUGAUCAAUCCGUUCGAGAAUAAUCUCGAGCACUCUCGAAAGAAUGCGGCUAUGCUAGCCUGA